CCUCUGCACUUCCUGCUUUCCACCGCAGAAGGACUGAACGAAAACAAAAUGCGAUCACAUAACUUCACUGAUCAGCUGUGAUCAAUGACAACGUUAUUAACGCUCCUCGGCGUAUUCCACUGAUAUUUAAAUAUUUAAAUGUCACAUCUGUGUGCCUGAGGCGUGUUGCAGUAAAUACAUCCAACCAUGCAGUUCUCUCCCACUAAUGGAGAUUUCACGUUCGUGUCGUCGACAGAGGCUGAAGAGCUCAGCGGCACCAUCAGUGCCCCGGAUAUUAAGCUAAACUUGGGCAGUGAGGGUGGUAAAGAUCCGUAUGCCACCACCUUCCUGAGGCAGCGAGGCUAUGGCUGGCUGCUGGAGGUGGAGGAGGAUGACAGUGAAGAGAGCAAGCCUCUUUUGGAAGAGCUGGACAUUGACCUAAAGGACAUCUAUUACAAGAUUCGAUGUGUGCUGAUGCCAAUGCCAUCACUGGGUUAUAACCGGCAGGUGGUCAGAGAUAACCCAGACUUCUGGGGCCCUCUAGCCGUGGUGCUGCUCUUCUCCAUGAUCUCUAUCUAUGGACAGUUCAGGGUUGUGUCUUGGAUUAUCACUAUCUGGAUAUUUGGCUCACUGACAAUCUUCCUGCUGGCUCGUGUUCUCGGUGGUGAGGUUUCCUUUGGCCAGGUUCUUGGAGUGAUCGGAUAUUCCCUUCUUCCUCUCAUCGUUAUAGCCCCUCUGCUCUUAGUGAUUGGAGGGUUCGAGGUGGUUUCUACACUAAUCAAACUCUUUGGAGUGUUCUGGGCUGCCUACAGUGCUGCUUCACUACUCGUCGGAGAUGAAUUUAAAACAAAGAAGCCCCUUCUCAUCUAUCCCAUAUUCCUUUUGUAUAUCUACUUCCUAUCGUUAUAUACUGGUGUGUGACCGGAUGAGUUGAAACUGGACCGAGUAAUGGACAUUGACCCCAGAUUAUUAAGGGGGGGAAAAAAGAUUAAUCAUGGAACCAGGAUUUUUUUUAAAGGUGUUUAUUUCUUUUUUAACUCUAUUAAAAUCUGGAGGGAUGUUGAGUGGGGAUGUUGGGAAUAUAUAUCAAUGUAUAUAGUUUUGUCCAAUGUGUCUUUUGUCAAUAAAAUGCAUAUACAUCUACAGCUUAAACUUCAGGAUGCACACUUCUCUUAAAACAGCAGAAUUUGGUCGCAUGGUUAUAUUGAUUUAAUUAUUUAGUUUUUACUCUUUAUCUCACUGAAGAAUGUGGUGCCAAACAUUUGUAGUGCAUAUGUUAAUGCUGAAGGAAGCAUUUGAGAAAAGAGACAGCACUACAAAGAAAGACAUUGUUGUUAGAAAUGUUCUUCAUUGUUAUGCACUGUAAUUUACAAUGAGGUGUCCAUUUAUGUUUUUCCUUUUUCACAGACUUGUUUUCUUUAUUUAUGGAUUUCAGCAGCAGAAACAGUUUGACUGGGGCAGUUAAAGUGAUAUAAACAAUUGUCUACAAUA